UCCCUUAUCCCUCAACUUUGCCUGUUGCCAGACCAGGCAGCCGAGGUGGACGCAGGCUAUCACCGCUGACAUUUUUCAACGCGGAAAGCAGCAGCAACAACAACAACAACAACAAAAAACCCUCAUCCACGUUCCGUUUCCUCGUUCAUUUAUUCUCCCGCUGACUUUUCUUUUUCUUCCGCGCAGGCAGCUUAUUCCGUAACGAUGGUUUUUAGUGCCCCUUCCCGUCGGACUCUCCGAUGUUGUGCAGUCUACUACAUGAAGGCGUAAAUCUUUUUUUUUCUUUUCUUUUUUCUUUUUUUUUUUUUCCUCCUUCGAGUAGAGGUGGAUAUUCCCGGAUACGGAGAGAGGGGGGUGGUAGUUACAUGAAUUAAAAAAAAAAAAAAAAAAAAAAAUCAAAAAAAGAAGAGUUUUCACGGAAAACCCUCGCACACCAACAUGCCACGGAGGAAACAAGAAGCGCCCAAGCGCGCAGCAGCCUAUUCUCCGGAGGAGCUGACAGAGCUCACCGUGGAGGAAGCAGAAGGAAGACAACUGGCCCCAGUCCCUGAAGAUGACCCUCCCGCAGAAGAUGAGUUUGCUGAGGAAGACACCGGGACGGCCAAGGAGCUGGCGUAUGACCAGGAAUAUGCUGAGGCCACAGAGCUCUCAGGACAAGAGAUGGACAGUGAGUCACAUAUGAGUGAGGCAAGUGACCACCUCUCAGACUCUGAGAACACCUCUAAAAAUGUUGAGGUCAGCUUGGUCAAUGCAUCUCUGAGUACAGACACCCAAACACCUCCCAUAGGUGUGGACACGUUAGAACAAAUGAAGGCUAUCUAUUCCAGCUUCUUGACUAAUCCUUUGUGGUCACCGUUAAACCUAAAUUCCACACCGCUACAGUCACAGUCCUCGGCUCCUGCAGAGAAGCCAACUCGCAGCAACAGCACUAGCAGCAGUAGCAGCUGCAGCAGCAGCAGCUAUGAUUGGCACCAGUCUGCAGUGGCAAAGACUUUGCAACAGCAUCCUCCUCAAAGCCGUCACCCCGUUCAGUCCGAGCCCAGCCUUUUUAGUACAGUCCAACUCCACAGGCAAAACCCCAAGCUGUUUGGCUCCAUCUUCACAGGGGCCAGUAAAUUUCGCUGUAAAGGCUGUAGUGCUGCUUAUGACACCCUGGUGGAGCUGACAGUUCACAUGAAUGAUACAGGCCACUACCGCGAUGACAACCAGGACAAGGCAGGCAGUGGCGCGAAGCGCUGGUCUAAACCACGCAAGCGUUCUCUGCUGGAGAUGGAGGGGAAAGAGGAUGCUCAGAAAGUUUUGAAGUGCAUGUAUUGUGGCCACUCCUUUGAAUCCCUCCAGGACCUUAGUGUCCACAUGAUCAAGACCAAACACUAUCAGAAAGUGCCUCUGAAGGAACCCAUGGCCCCCGUGGCUGCCAAAAUAAUGUCUCCUAAGAAAAAGAGCAUUCUUAGUUUGGAUUCUACUUCUGCACCGCGGUCCAGAGAUGGAACCCCUAAAACAAAGUCGGACCUGAAUGAACCCUCACAGAGGCCUUCCUCCAGCCCCUACACCACCCCUAACAAUCGAUAUGGCCACCAGAAUGGUGGAAGCUAUACUUGGCAAUUUGAGUCCAAUAAAUUCCAAAUCCUUAAGUGUAUGGAGUGUGGCAACUCCUAUAAUACGCUCCAAGAGCUAAGGACCCACAUGAUGGUGACAGGACACUUCCUGAGAGUGACCAGCUCUGUGGGAAAGAAAAUCAAAACACUUCCUGAGGCCACAUCACCCAAUCCUAGAAGGGUCACCACACCUACUGAACAGAGAGUCCAGUCUGUCCCACUUGCACCCUCCACCUUCUCUAGUCAACCUCUUCAAACCACCACUCCCCCUGCCACCUCCCCUCCUCUCAAAGAGAUUAAAAAGGAGGAGGUUGAGGAGGAGUGCACCAAACAUGAAGUUGUUGGAACUGAAAAGCAAGUCACGGUCACUGUUGGUAAAGAGGAAGACUCUGAGAAGGAGGAAAAGUAUGAUAUUUCAAAGUAUAGCUAUCUUACUGAGGAGGACCUGAAAGAGAGCCCUAAAGGUGGGAUGGAUAUUCUCAAAUCACUGGAAAACACUGUGACAUCUGCCAUCAACAAGGCACAAAGUGGGAAUCCAAGUUGGGGGGGCUACCCUAGCAUCCAUGCAGCUUACCAGUUCCCCAGUGCCCUCAAGCUCCAACAGAGCGGUCUGGAAAAGAAUUCACAGAUGAAGUUCUUGUUCAACGGAGGGGACGGAGCAGUGUCCUCCUACAUUAAAAACCAGCCUCUAAUUUCCCCACCGCUGAGUCAGUCAUCCCCGUUUCCCACCAAUAACUUCCAAGCAAUGGAAGAUUUAGUGAAAAAAGUGACAGAGAAAGUAGCAAAAAUAGAGCAAAGGGUUAAGCAGCUGUCUCCAAAGAGGGAGAGCCAACCAUCACCCUGUAGUAGUGAGGCUGGAGAAUCACACAAGGGGGGACAGGUGGACUCACCUCGGGAAUGGAGGGAAGUCACACCAUCCAACAGUGACAGGGGAAGCCAUAGCGAGAGGGCAUCCCCGGCAACAGAGCCCAAGAGAGAAGCUGCGGUCAAAUCCCCUCUUGCCUCUACAAUGAGAUGCAGCACUGCCAUUAUCACUGGUCAUACUCCCCCCGAGCAGCCCUUUGUCAAUCCUCUAAGUGCUCUUCAAUCAGUAAUGAACAUUCAUUUGGGGAAAGCAGCUAAGCCUUCCUUGCCAAAUCAAGAUCCCCUCAGCCUGCUUUCUAGGCUCAGCCAGAGCAUGACGGAGAAGGCUGCAGUGGCCACCCCUCCAUCACAAACCAAAAAGUCAGCAAGUGUAGUUGACAAUAGUUUUUGCCAGUCCAGCGAUGACCAGCCAAUGGACCUCACAAAAAGCAAAAAUGAUAAAGGAAGCUCUGUGGGCUCAGCCCCCUUAACGCCAUCAUCAACAGCCUCCUCCAUCUCGCCCAUCUCUCUAGUUACUCCCGCAAAGCUAACAGUCGUCUCUCCCUACACAUCCAGCAGCCCUCUACAUGAAAAUGCAUUGUCGGAUAUCUCAGACAUGCUUAGAAACCUGACACAGUCCCACCCUAUCACAAAGCCGGCUUCACGGUCCCGGGUCCCAGAGAAAACAGAAGUCGUCGGCUCCACACACGAUGAGGACGAUUUGACCCUUCACAGUCACAAACGCAAGGGCCGUCACUCCAACUGGAACCCACAGCACCUGCUUCUUCUGCAGGCCCAGUUUGCCUCCAGCCUAAGGCAGACAUCAGAGGCGAAAUAUAUCAUCAAUGACCUCAGCCCACAGGAAAGAAUGCACAUAUCUCGUUUCACAGGUCUCUCCAUGACCACGAUCAGCCACUGGCUGGCUAAUGUCAAGUACCAGCUGAGGAGAACGGGCAGAACCAAGUUCCUCAAGAACCUCGACUCUGGUCAGCCUAUAUUCUUCUGUAGUGACUGUGCCUCACAGAUCAGAACCCCAGCAGCCUAUGUAUGCCACCUGGAAGCCCAUCUAGGGUUCAGAAUUCGGGAUCUGGCCAAGCUGUCCCCCAAACAGACUCUUAGGGACUCAAACCUGCUCACAGAGAAAGUAGUGCCCCCAGAGUCCUUCCUUUCUUCUCAAUCAGAAGACGACUCCAGCAGUAAUGCAGCAGUAUACCGCUGCCAGCUCUGCGUCCGAAAGUUUGCCACUAAGCACGCAAUCAAACUUCACCUCAGCAAGAGCCAUGGGAAAUCUCCAGAGGACCAUCUGCUAUAUGUGUGUGAACUGCAGAAACAUUAAAUAACUUUUAGCUGUAGACAUACCAGAAACAUAAGUAGAAUGACUCUUAAAAGAUAAUUAAAAUAAAAAAAGAAUCUUCAAAAUGUGUAGUAAUGCACAAAGAUGUUAUUAGCUACCAUUAUAAAAUGUCAGCACAAGGUGUUUACAUCUGUUUGGCCUAUAACAUUUCUGAUUUCUCUGUAUUUCAAGAUGAAUUUAUUUCACAUCAAAAUAUACUGUAGGUCAAAGAGGUUCAGCUCCCUCUCUCUCUGUGUUCACCUUUAGAAAUGUGAGACUACAGAUGUGAAUCUUUUGACUUGAAGAUCAGCAUUAACUUGAAAUGUAUUAACUUUAAUGUAUUUAUUUUGUAUUUUUGUGAGUUUGGUUUUGAUUUGCUGGUCGACUGCAUGUUUUAAUGUUACUUUUGUACAGUGCUGUCCUGUUCAGAUUUUAAAAUGCCCUUUCAAACUCGCCAUUUUUAAAACAUUUUUUUUUUUUUUUUUUUUACAUUAUGAAGCAGCCAAACGCCUGGAAAAGCUCCUUUAAAAGAUUAUGCCAAACUGCAGAAGUUCAGUACUUGUUAUUGUCAUUUUUAUUUCUGUACAGCCUAUUGAGUUCUUGCUGAUUGUAAAAUCUGCCUUAUUCAUUAUCGUUGAGUAAGGGGCACUUAAAAUCCAGGUCUGUGUAAAAAUGUAUAUAUAUCAUGUAAGCAUACGAUUUGCUGUUUAAAUUAUGCAUACUUGUUAUAUUUCCUAAUUUAAGAGGACUAAGACUAUCCACUGGUGCAGAGCCUUUGAAGAAGAUUAAAAGGACACUGUUUUGCACAAUAGUUUUAUAAAAGUUAUUUGAUAAAAAAAACACUACAACUAUGUUAAUGCCUUGUGCUUCUAUGAUUAAACUGAAUUAAUUA